CUUAAUUCCAGCAUAAUUCGAAAUACCUAAAAAUACAAGGACUAAAAUGCAAACUAGAAUUUUCUGCCAUAUAAACCCUAAGUCCCUUUCUCCAUAGUAGCCUAAAACCCCAGCUUGAUAUCUCAAAUCUCUCUAGCCAUGUCGAAGCGAGGGCGCGGAGGGUCUGCCGGAAACAAGUUCCGGAUGUCGCUGGGUCUGCCGGUGGCGGCGACGGUGAACUGCGCCGACAACACGGGUGCCAAGAAUCUUUACAUUAUCUCUGUGAAGGGAAUCAAGGGUCGUCUGAACCGGUUGCCGUCGGCUUGUGUGGGUGACAUGGUCAUGGCCACUGUGAAGAAAGGAAAGCCGGACCUCAGGAAGAAGGUGCUGCCAGCUGUCAUUGUCAGGCAGCGCAAGCCGUGGCGCCGAAAGGAUGGUGUUUUCAUGUACUUUGAAGAUAAUGCUGGUGUCAUUGUGAAUCCAAAGGGUGAAAUGAAAGGAUCUGCUAUCACUGGGCCUAUUGGGAAGGAAUGUGCUGAUCUGUGGCCAAGAAUUGCGAGUGCAGCUAAUGCCAUAGUUUAAGUCUUCAAGCCUCACUUUAGAUUGGUUUUUUAUGAUGUUCUCGAAUCUGGAUAUUGCUUGGCUUAGUCAGUUGUUGUUUAACUCUAGAUGAGUAUGAAAAUUUCCUGGAUUUUUACCCUUGUGGUGUUUGAACUUACUAUCGUACUACCAUGAAGACUCUGAUAGUUAAAGAGAGCUUUUGUUCUAA